UGCUACGACAGUUGGCGCUGUAACGGAGCCGGCCAUGAAAACAAAACUGAGGACCGCGUCACACUACACCGAAAGACUUACCGGUGACGCCUAAAACGACUCCGACACCAACCACCACGACGACACCCAAGCCUAUGAUCUGCACGGUGAGCGACACGCUUGCCAUCGAAGACCCCAUCACCGAGGGCAUAUGCGACUACGCCAUCUUCUCCGAUCUGGCCGUAGCCGACGGUGAGCUGAAACCCGUCCAGGGACGGCACGCAUGGGAGGUAUUCAAGAGGGCGAUCUCUAACUCUGACAAGACGCUGGGAGGUGUCAGCUUCACUUCGCAUAAGGCCACCGAACGCGAAGGGACGAUGCGUAAGCUGGGAAACGUGCACAGCAAGAUUCGUGAGCUGGUCGUAAACUACAAGAUGCUCGCCUUGGGUAUGCUGGGCUUCAAGCACGAGUUCUCGUACGGCGAUGACGUGUUCGGAAACACGUUCGAGCAACUGAAAGCAGCUCUCGAGCUUAGGAAAGGUUCCAUGACCUUCCUCGGUCUGUGGCUCGUCACAGCAAAAAACGCGGAGGCGUUCGCGAAGCUGCCCGGCAGAACACGGUUUAUCGACUUUGUCAUCAUACAGACCCACAUAACGAUGACUGUGCAAAACGAGUCUUGCUACGCUUACAUGAUCAGCGAGAGAAAGGAAUUCGGCGAUGUACCAAAUUUCGCGGCAGCCGAGGUGGCCUUGACACGUCUGCGGGAGCACGGGGUCGAUGGCGUGCGAGUGCUUUUCUCGUCGACCAUGGCCGUGAUGGCGUACGUGAGCGCCAAGGGUUCGCCCAUCGUCAGCCCACGCGUAAGGAAAUGCGAUCGUUCCUUCUUGGCCGAUAUCGACUCUGUUUGCCGUGAGACGGUCGGCAACCUGCAGUCCCAGUACGUGGCCAACGACAUGUCCGAAUCCAUCAGCUUCACCGAGGCCGAGAUGGGCUACAUGUAUGUCUUCGAGAGCGUCAACUCGCUCAAUGACAAGGGGACUCACUACGGAAACCUUACAGAUGGCUGGGCGUUUUUCGACAUCCAGCGCGACGUCUACUGGCCAUGCAGUACUGGUCGAGCAUACGGACGAGUCAAACACGGCAUCUCUGUCAUGCGGACCAAGCGGUCAUGAAUAAAAUUGUCUCUGGAUUAAUUUUUUCCACACGGUUCUUUAACGUUCACUCAAACUUUAAGUAAACGAGCGUUUUCGAAUUUAGUCCCCAUCGAAGUGCGGCCCCCGCGGCGGGGCC